AUGCAGAUCUUCGUCAAGACUUUGACGGGCAAGACCAUCACACUGGAUGUCGAGGCCUCUGACACCAUCGACAACGUGAAGGCUAAGAUCCAAGACAAGGAAGGUAUCCCACCUGACCAGCAGCGGCUCAUAUUUGCGGGGAAGCAGCUCGAGGAUGGCCGCACACUGUCGGAUUACAACAUCCAGAAGGAAUCCACCUUGCACUUGGUGCUUCGUCUGCGCGGUGGCCACUGUCAGGUUCCCUGCGGCAUUUUCGAUGAUCCCAAGCUCGUGGCCGAUAUGAAGGAAGCAGCUGCCACCAUCAAGAAGGCCAUGGUGCAGAUCGGGGAGCUAUCAGCCAACAUGACACCGUUGAACAUCAACCAGAUGACCCGCUGGGUGAACACAAAGGAAGAGCAUGCUGGCAAGAUCAUCAGCUUGGUGUCAGAAUACUGCCUUUGCCAGCGUGUCAAGCCGGUAAGUGAUCCAAAGACACCCUUUUCCAGCGAGGCGGAUUUUAUCGCAGCACUUCAAUGCCACCACCAGGUGAUGUUAGCGGCUGUGAAGUGCAAGCAGAAUGUGGACCCCGCAUUGGCCGAUGCUCUGGAUGCGGCUGUCGCCGAGAUGGGCAAAAUGUACAUCAAAUGA